ACACAAAAGCGGGACUUUUAUUUUGAAGUGUAACUCGCACUGGCGGGAAACUUGUGUGUCGGUCAGCAGAAUAUCAUGCACAACAACGGAUCUGAUAAACGAGAAGGUCUACAGAGCAGGAAGAAUAUUGUGAUUUGUGAAUCCAGACACAGAGGAAACCGAUAAAAGAAUGGUUCAAAUAGUCAUUUCGAGUAAAGCUGGUGAAGCUCCAGCUGAAUGGCUGCUGGUGGAGCUGCAGGGAGAAAUGAUGUCCAGACAGAAUACUGGACUUGCAGGAAAUCUGAUGGGAGACCUGCAUUAUACAAAAGAGGGUGUACCGGUGUUAAUAGUCGGACAUCACAUCCUUUAUGGCAAACAGGUCAAACUGGAGAAGCCCUUUGCUGUUCUGAUGAAGCACUCUGGACUCCCUCGGGAUGAAGAGGAAAUGAUGGAAACCAACCAAGAGAAACCAACAUCUUACACUGUUUCUGCCCUCAUCAAAAAGAAGCUCAUCUUUAAAACCCGACCCAAACCCAUCAUCACUAAUGUGCCAAAGAAGGUAUAACUUAUGUUCAGAUAAUAAGAGGCGGACUGAUCGGCACAGAAUUCUAGAUUUGUAACCAUAUGUGAAUAUAAAUGUCAUUUUGAAUGGUGGAUUAGUGUCUUUGUACAUUGUUGUCAGGAAUGAGUAAUUGACAAUAACACUGAACAAAUAUAAAUAUUCAAAGUAAUGGGCCUAACGUGAAUUUGAAAAUAAGAAAAUGCUCACAUUUGAAUGGAAGUUUAUUGUAUCAAAACAUCAGGUACAAGUGUUUGCAAAAAUAAUUACAUGGGAAAUGUCCAAAUGUAAAGAAUCCAGCUUCUUUUGCAUGUACAUAAAUACAUAAAACAUAAUAUGUAAAGUUCAUGUGAGAUUAAAAAGACCAUGAUGGCCAUUUCUAGGUAAUGUACAUCGUGGAAAUACAGGUUAGCUGUGACAGACCAAACAGUGGCGUUUUAGCAACACUUGAAUGUUUUAUUUUGUGAGUAGAAUUAAGCUGCCAGUAGCAAUCUGAAAAACAACUGUGCAUUUUGGUUAAAAAACACUUAACAACUUCUAUUAUGGAUUGUGAAUCAUUUCUUAUUCUCUAAUCUGUACAGUUUUAUGAAAAUAACUUAACAUGUUUUCCAUCAAAUAAAGUUUCCUAGGAAAAUG